GAAGGAAAAAGGAGGGAGGGAAAAUAGAUAAAGAAGGAGAGACGCAGGGAAGGAAAGGAUGAGAGAGAUCGCUGAACGGGUAUAUGCUUUAUAACAAUCAUUUGUAGAAACUUUGCAUAUAAACGCGUCGCAAAGGAAGGGAGGAAGGGAACAGAGGAGAGAGAGAGAGAGAGAGAGAGAGAGAGAGAGAGAGAGAGAGAGAGAGAGAAGGAAGCGGAUUUCUAUAAUCAACACACGCCACAGAGUCGAAGUCGGAUUUCACUGAAAGGGAAUACCAAAUAAACUGUACAGGACAGCGAAGAAGAGAAGGUUUUACCCGCCGGAAAGACGACAGAAAACGAGCUCCUGCGAUGCGAUUGGCCGAGGGACCGGAUGUGCGGGCGGUGCGGAGGUCGGCCAUGGUGCACACGGAGGUCACGACCCCCGGGGUCACUGAGCACGCUCACAACGAGACGGGGCCCAUGAAAGAGCACGACGUCUUCACACACAUGAAGACCAAAUUCAUGAACGAACUGCACACAAUCCCACUCCCCCUGUGGGCUCUGGCCGGUAUUGCGAUUGUCGCCGCCCUGCUGGUGCUCUGCUGCUGCGCCUGCCUCUGCAAGAAAUGCUGCGGCCGCAAGAAGAAAGGCAAGAAGGGGAGGGGCAAGAAAGCGCAGAUCAACAUGAAGGACGUCAAAGGCAUGGGCGACAGCACCGUGGACAAGGUCCAGCCGGAUGUAGACGACCUGGACUCGGGGCUGACUGACGGGAGGAAGGACGAGAAGCUGGGCCGACUGCAGUACAGCCUGGACUACGACUUUCAGAAUGGACAGUUGGUUGUAGGUAUUAUCUCUGCGGAGGAUUUGCAGGCGAUGGAUAUGGGUGGCACGUCAGACCCCUAUGUGAAGGUCUACCUGCUCCCAGACAAGAAGAAGAAAUUCGAGACCAAAGUGCACCGCAAGACCCUGAGCCCCUCCUUCAACGAGUCCUUCAAAUUCAAGAUCCCCUAUGCUGAACUCGGUGGUAAGACUCUGGUGAUGUCAGUCUAUGAUUUUGACCGAUUCUCCAAACACGACGCGAUCGGGGAGGUCAAGGUUCCCAUGAGUCACGUGGACCUGGCGCAUCUCAUCGAAGAGUGGAGGGAUCUGGAAAGCGCUGAAAAAGAAGAGGUAGAGCAGUUAGGUGAUAUCUGUUUCUCUCUGCGCUACGUUCCCACCGCUGGUAAACUCUCCGUCAUUAUACUGGAAGCAAAGAACCUGAAGAAGAUGGAUGUGGGAGGACUAUCAGAUCCCUAUGUAAAGAUCCACUUGAUGCAGAAUGGAAAGAGGCUGAAGAAGAAAAAAACCACGAUCAAGAAAAACACCUUAAAUCCAUAUUACAACGAGUCCUUCAGCUUUGAGGUGCCAUUCGAGCAGAUACAGAAAGUGCAGGUGGUCGUCACAGUGCUGGACUAUGACAAGCUGGGGAAGAACGAUGCGAUUGGCAAAGUGUUUGUCGGCUGCAACUCCACCGGGACGGAGCUCCGCCAUUGGUCAGACAUGCUGGCCAAUCCGAGGCGCCCGAUCGCACAGUGGCACACCCUCAAAGAGGAACAGGACAUAGACGCCGUCCUGGGCAUCAAGACACACUGAGUUCACUUCCUGUCAAUGUAAACUAUGCUCGGGGCUGCUAAAAACUGUUCUCCUUUCACCCCUCCCCUCCUUUGUAAAGUAUAUGAUUUUGUUUGUAAACUUUACAUAGUUUAUUUCUUGUAAACUUUGCUUCAUGCUCCUGUAAAAUCUGUGUUUAGUUUUGAACUUUAUAUAGUGCGCUUGUAAAGUUUGUUUUUGGUUGUAAACUUUACUUGGUGCACCUUGUAAAGUUUGGUUUUAUUGUAAACUUUACAUAGUGCUCUUAUGAAGUUUUAUUUUUUGUAAACGUUACUUAAUACGUCUGUAAAGUUUGUUUUUAUUUGUAAAAGCUACUCAGUGCACCUUGUAAAGUUUGGUUGUAUUUGUAAACUUUACACUGCGCGCCUGCAAAAGCUGUGUUUUGUUUGUAAACUUUGCUUUGCGUACUUGUAAAAUUUAUUUUUCACAAUGUGUUAACUUAAAACUGAGUUAUUCUGGGAGCUGUGUAGUGAAUGGAGGUGCAGGACAGACAGACAGACAGACAGACAGGCAGGGGAGAUUCAGAGAGUUAUUCUGGGAGCUGUGUAGUGAAUGGAGGUGCAGGACAGACAGACAGACAGACAGACAGACAGGGGAGAUUCAGAGAGUUAUUCUGGGAGCUGUGUAGUGAAUGGAGGUGCAGGACAGACAGACAGACAGACAGACAGACAGACAGGGGAGAUUCAGAGAGUUAUUCUGGGAGCUGUGUAGUGAAUGGAGGUGCAGGACAGACAGACAGACAGACAGACAGACAGGGGAGAUUCAGAGAGUUAUUCUGGGAGCUGUGCAGUGAAUGGAGGUGCAGGACAGACAGACAGACAGACAGACAGACAGGGGAGAUUCAGAGAGUUAUUCUGGGAGCUGUGUAGUGAAUGGAGGUGCAGGACAGACAGACAGACAGACAGGGGAGAUUCAGAGAGUUAUUCUGGGAGCUGUGCAGUGAAUGGAGGUGCAGGACAGACAGACAGACAGACAGACAGACAGACAGACAGACAGGGGAGAUUCAGAGAGUUAUUCUGGGAGCUGUGUAGUGAAUGGAGGUGCAGGACAGACAGACAGACAGGCAGGGGAGAUUCAGAGAGUUAUUCUGGGAGCUGUGUAGUGAAUGGAGGUGCAGGACAGACAGACAGACAGACAGACAGACAGACAGGGGAGAUUCAGAGAGUUAUUCUGGGAGCUGUGUAGUGAAUGGAGGUGCAGGACAGACAGACAGACAGGCAGGGGAGAUUCAGAGAGUUAUUCUGGGAGCUGUGUAGUGAAUGGAGGUGCAGGACAGACAGACAGACAGACAGACAGACAGACAGGAGAUUCAGAGAGUUAUUCUGGGAGCUGUGUAGUGAAUGGAGGUGCAGGACAGACAGACAGACAGACAGACAGGGGAGAUUCAGAGAGUUAUUCUGGGAGCUGUGUAGUGAAUGGAGGUGCAGGACAGACAGACAGACAGACAGACAGACAGACAGGGGAGAUUCAGAGAGUUAUUCUGGGAGCUGUGUAGUGAAUGGAGGUGCAGGACAGACAGACAGACAGACAGACAGACAGACAGGGGAGAUUCAGAGAGUUAUUCUGGGAGCUGUGUAGUGAAUGGAGGUGCAGGACAGACAGACAGACAGACAGACAGACAGACAGGGGAGAUUCAGAGAGUUAUUCUGGGAGCUGUGUAGUGAAUGGAGGUGCAGGACAGACAGACAGACGGGAGAUUCAGGGAGUUAUGUACCUUUUAUAGCCUGGUGUGUGUGUGUGUGUGUGUGGCCGCUAUCAUUAUCUACUGCGUCGAGAGUGUUAGGUCGGCCAGGGUGUCCUCGGCUCACCGCGCACCAGCGACACCUUGUGGUCUGGCCGGGGGACUGCUGGCUUGCCUGUAAACUGCCCAGAGCAGCGUUAUCCUCCAAAACAGAAGGCAGACGGCACACAGUCCAAGCUGCGCUGCCGUAGUUAAUGUAUUGUGAAUCGGGACAGCCCUGGCUAUAGGACUACAGCUCCCAGCAUGCCUCUGCACCCGCUGCCAUGGCGAGGGAUGCUGGGAGCUGUAGUUCUUUAACUCUAGCGCUCAGCUUGUGUUAUUUAAUUAUGUGAUUAUUUGUAAUCCGUUACAGUAACUUUGAAAAUAACUACCCCCCCCCCAUCGCUCUCAUAAUCAUUCUCCAGCGACACGCUGUGAAAGGCGCGUCCGAGGGACUGGUUUCCGAUCUCAUGCAUUAGCCGCGCUCCCUGAUUUAAAUGUAGUUAUUUUUUCACAGACAGUGUAAUCCGUGACCACAUCCCAUUACCUGUCUAUAAAAGGAACCGCAACACUUACAGAUUACUGAAGAAAAAAAAAAGUAAUCGGAUUACAUGCAGUGCUCCCCAAAACCGAUUAGAGUUUAACCCGACCGCGAGUUGCAUAUGGCUGUCAUGUUUUGUGCUUCUUUGUAAAAAAUAUAGAAGAAAAAAAUAUAUAAACAUCAUAUAUUGUAUACUGCUCUUUUUUUUAGCUGUGAUUUUCAAUUAAAAAAACAUAUCUAAUAUU